UUUGGGAAAAUUUCUGCUUUUGGGAGAAUUUGGGAGCAAUGGAGAGGGUUGAUCACUUGGGGCAUGAGAGGAAGAAGGCGGAGUUCGAUGUUGAAGCUAUGAAGGUCGUCUGGGCGGGAUCUAAGCACGCAUUGGAGAUCUCCGACCGUAUCUCUCGCCUCGUCGCUAGUGAUCCUGUAUUCAAAAAAGAUGACAGGACAACACUCAGUCGAAAGGACUUGUUUAACAAUACCCUCAGAAAAGCAGCUCAUGCUUGGAAGCGCAUUAAUGAACUCCGUCUCACUGAAGAAGAAGCAUCAAGGUUAAGGUUCUAUGUGGAUGAACCUUCUUAUGUGGAUCUCCAUUGGGGAAUGUUUGUGCCUGCUAUUAAAGGACAAGGGACAGAGGAGCAGCAUAAAAAGUGGUUACCUUUGGCUUAUAAAAUGCAAAUAAUUGGCUGCUAUGCGCAGACUGAACUUGGUCAUGGUUCAAAUGUCCAAGGGCUUGAAACGACUGCGACUUAUGAUCCUAAAUCUGAAGAAUUCAUCAUCCAUAGUCCUACCCUUACUGCAAGCAAAUGGUGGCCUGGUGGCUUAGGGAAGGUUUCUACCCAUGCAGUUGUUUAUGCUCGUUUACUCACGGAUGGAAGGGAUUAUGGUGUCCAUGGUUUCAUUGUCCAAUUAAGAAGCUUGGAUGACCAUUUACCUCUUCCUGGUAUCACUGUUGGUGAUAUUGGAACAAAGUUUGGAAAUGGAGCAUACAAUAGCAUGGAUAAUGGUGUUUUAAGAUUUGAUCAUGUUCGCAUACCGAGAGAUCAAAUGUUGAUGCGGGUUUCACAGGUUACAAAGGAGGGGAAGUAUUUGCAAUCUGAUGUCCCGAGGCAACUGGUUUAUGGAACAAUGGUUUAUGUGCGCCAGACCAUUGUGGCAGAUGCUUCAAAUGCUUUAUCAAGAGCAGUUUGCAUUGCUGUAAGAUAUAGUGCUGUCCGCAGACAAUUUGGCUCACAAGAUGGGGGUCCUGAGUUGCAGGUGAUUGAUUACAAAACCCAGCAAAGCAGGCUCUUCCCAUUGUUGGCUUCAGCCUAUGCUUUUAGGUUUGUGGGGGAGUGGUUGAAAUGGCUCUACACGGAUGUUACACAAAGAUUGCAAGCCAAUGACUUUUCCACGUUGCCAGAGGCACAUGCCUGCACUGCUGGUCUGAAGUCUUUGACAACCUCUGUGACAGCUGAUGGAAUUGAAGAGUGUAGAAAACUAUGUGGUGGCCAUGGCUAUCUGUGCAGCAGUGGUUUACCUGAACUUUUUGCAGUUUAUGUUCCUUCUUGCACUUACGAAGGAGAUAAUGUUGUUUUAUUGUUGCAGGUGGCUAGGUUCCUUGUGAAGACUGUUUCUCAACUGGCAUCUGGAAAAGAACCUGUUGGCACAACAGCUUACUAUCGGAGAGUGGAGCACUUAAUGCAGUGCGCUUGUGAUGUGCAAAGAGCUGAGGACUGGUUGAAACCUUCAGUUGUAUUGGAGGCUUUUGAGGCUCGAGCUAUCAGGAUGGCCAUUACUUGUGCCAAAAAUCUAAGCAAGGCACCAAGUCCAGAAGAAGGCUUUGCUGCACUCUCUGCGGAUUUGGUGGAAGCUGCUGUAGCUCACUGCCAGUUAAUUAUUGUGUCCAAGUUUAUUGAUAAGGUACAAGAAGACAUUGAAGGACAAAGAGUUAAAGAACAACUCCAAAUCCUUUGCUCAGUCUACGCACUCUCUUUACUUCACAAGAAUCUCGGUGAUUUCCUUUCAACCAGUUGCAUCACCCCCAAGCAAGGUGCUCUAGCAAAUGAUAUGCUCAGAUCUCUCUAUGCCCAGGUCCGUCCCAAUGCUGUAGCUCUUGUUGAUGCAUUCAACUACACCGACCAUUACCUGGGUUCAGUUCUUGGCCGAUACGAUGGUAAUGUGUAUCCUAACUUGUAUGAGGCGGCAUGGAAAGAACCACUUAACGACACGGUUGUGCCUGAUGGUUAUGAUGACUACAUCCGGCCUGUGCUUGAGCAAAAGUUCAGAAUUUCCAGGCUAUGAUGAGGGAACUUUGCAGAGUGUUCUUAUCAAACCAUUUAUUGAUUGAUGGAUUGAGCUGUGAACGUUUUUAGUUGUUUUUCUGUUAUACAAAAAUAUAAUAUUUGGAACUCAGAUUCAGAUAAAAAGCACAAGUGAUAAUAGUACCCUUUCAAGGGCAGGGUAUGGUAUUGUCAUUUUAUUUUGUAUAUUCAAGUUCAAAUAACACGUAUGUAGUACUCAAUACAUAUACUUAAUUACUUGAUUAAUCUUAUUAUAAAUUGUUUGCCUUUUAUUUUUCAA